AUGGACUGUCCCUUGGACUGGCAAGACUAUAUCAACAGACAGGUAAGAACUUUAGCUGCGUACAAUUCUGUGCCGUUUACUAAACUUCUCAGCAGAUAUGACGUUCGGUUAUUACUUCAUUCAGCGCCCAAAUCUUCAGUGAAAGCUAUAGAGGUAGAUAGAGAAGACGGUUGGGACGAUCUUCCUUCUGAUGCAGAGGACCUCUUCUUCUUCAGUCAAGAAGAGGCAGACGACAUCAGACGAGAGAAGAAGCGUAAGCUCAUGGAUGCUGCGCAUGAGGCUCGACUUGCGGCCAUGAAAGUCAAAGAUACAGAGGAAGCUUCAGGUUCAACUGAGUUGGACCCUAACGAAGAGCCCGACGAUGCGCAGUUGCGAUUAAUGAAAAAGACAGCAGCGCACAUCGUCUCAUCCCCAAAUGCUCUCCAGUUUGAGAUGAGGAUACUGGCCAACCACGGUGAAGACCCGCGGUUUGCCUUUCUACGAGGUCGCUGGAAGAACAAGUGGGAAGAAGUCAAAGCAAGUGCACGUACACAGCCUACCACAGCGCCUCCAAAAGUAGUUGCACCACCAAGUGGUCUCGUCACUUACAAGGAGGAUGAAACCGAACAGCAAACAGACGAGCAACGAAUCAAAGCUGAACGGCUCGCCAGAGUUAAAGAAUGGGCACGCAAGCGCAAGGAAGAGAAAAAGUAG